AUGCGGUUGGGCGCCCCCGACCAGGGCGCGGACAAGGUGAAGACACUUGAACUUGAUAUUGAUUCUUGCAGCAAUAUCAAAGGUUCCUACCUAGACAAGUGGCUCCGAAUCACCUUUAAGUCUGGGAUCGAAGAACUUAACUUGGAGAUGCCUGUCGACAUGAAGAAAAAGUACAUCUUCCCAUGUUCGCUUUUGUCUGAUGAGGCAGCUGCAAGUUCAAUUCAGUCUCUUCGCCUCUUGGCUUGCGAUUUCCACCCCACAUCAACUCUUGGCCUCCUGCGAAGAUUGAAAUUUUUGAAUCUGGCUCUUGUCAACAUUACUGAGGAUGGAUUAGGGAACUUGCUAUCGAAAUCUUCCGCCCUGGAGCGCCUGGAGAUUGUGGUAGAGAUUGGUGCUCCACAGCUCUGCUCUUUUCAUUUUGGUGGGACCCUGAUUCCAUCCAUCGUACGAUAUGUUGAGAGCCUUACCCUGCUCGGUCGUAGUGAGAAUGCAAACACUCCAAUGCUGCCUUCCAAGCUACCCCACCUCAAGAACUUGGAAAUGACACUCCUGGCGCCAGUAGUGGGCUUCUCCCCAAGCUAUGGUGCCUUCUCUCUGGUUUCUUUUCUUGAUGCUUCUCCUGCCUUGGAGUCUUUCACACUGCAUGUAGAGCAGGAUGCCAUGACACACGAUCCUGUUGUUGGAGACUACGACGAAUGCCUGAGGCAGAAGCUGGCCUGCCGGCAUAACUGCCUCAAGCAGGCGGCCAUCACGGGUUUCUGUUCAGCAAAGAGCCUGGUUGAGCUCACGGUUCACAUCCUAGAGAGCACACAUUCACUCGAGCGCCUCACGCUCGACACAACUUACGGUUAUAGUAAGAGGUGUGGCACCAUUGGCAAAUGCCCGACCUCAAGAAAGAUUGACCAAUGCUGGCCGAUGAGCAAGAGAGCUCUUGAAGAAGCUCAUAGAGCUGUGAAGACUGCUGGUAGAUAUAUAAUAGCGAGAGUUCCCUUGACUGUUCAAUCUGAGGUUCUGGAGCCCUGUAGUCGAUGCCAUACUGGCAACCAAUAG